AUGCCUGUCAGUGUUCCCAGCCGUGGAGGUCCUGGCGGUGGAAAGAAGGGGACGGCAUCCAAGGCCCUCCCAGGACGGCCAAGACUCUCGGGCAAAGUUCCACUGGGGUCUUCCCGCCAUCGGAAGGUUGUCCGAGACAGCAUCAGAGGAAUCACACGCCCUGACAUCCGGCGCUUGGCUCGUCGUGGAGGCGUAAAGCGAAUCUCCGGUAACAUUUACGAGGACUGCCGCAAAGCCCUCAAAGAUCAUUUGAGCGAGAUCCUACGCCUGUGUGUCAUGUAUGUCGAGUACAGAUCGGCUAAGACUGUCACCGUCAACGAUGUCAUCUACUCGCUCCGCCAGAUUGGUCGUCCAAUCUACGGAUUCGACCCGGAGAUGGACCGGAAGAAGCUGCGGUCCAUGCCCUUCCAGGACACCAGGGAUUAG